GGGAGGGUGGACUGUGGGUGAAAUGCUGGAAAGCACGUGACACAGUGAACCGUCGGGGUCUCGUGAGUGGUUCGGUGUGCUCGAUGAGGAAAGAAAAAAAUCUCUCCGGACACGAGUUUAUAUAAAAUAUUUCGUAACGCUUCGAACGGCUCGUAUUUAAUGUUCGAUUUCUCAUAUUUUUUUGACGAUUCGUUACUCCGAAUGUAAACAAACGAGUGAAAAAUGAGCCGGGCCCGAAAGAGUGUUACUGCCCCGGAGAGAGGAAAAGCCACGUGAAUAACGGUAUUCGAUGCUAAUUCGUUUGGUAAUCGCGCGAGGCAACGAGCCACCCGAUACUUUCCUUGGCCGUAUGUUUUAUUGAGGCUUUUUAAUCGAUUUUUCUUUUCGGCGAUUACGGUACUCGGCCUGCUCUCGUGAAAGUGACGUCCCAGACUCCUCCGCUGUCUCCUGCUUUUUUCACCCGCCUGUCCCCGUCUCUCCUACGUUUCCUGCUGCUCCAAUCGCCCCCACAAGGCGAUAUUUUCACCGGCGCUUUUCAAACGUUACGUAUCCAUGCCGGUUAUCCGGUCUUCGGACUCCCAUUUCCCUUUUUAUUCCCUUUUUAUCGCCACCGGCGAGACUCCCCCUCGAAUUUACGUAAGACACUCGCGCGUACGGAAAUCCAGCCGAUGACGCGAUCAAUCAUUUGCUUUCCCCCGUUUCUUCUCUGCCGCUCAGCCACGCAUUAACGAGCUCGGUAUCGAUCCUUUGAAUUUUUAAUCAACCGUCCGAAUUCCGGAAAAAAACGAAAGUUCGAAAUAUCCAGAAGCACGUGCCUCGAUGUUUAUCGUCUUGGAAUCGCCGGUUUUCUUCAUUCGAUACUUCCUUAACCCGCCACACAAGAAUGGACAUUUUUGGCGGGGAUCCUCAGGAUGAAACUCUUCGAGGGAUCCGAAGAUAAUUAGAAUCCCGACGUGUCCGUUUAAGAGUCCACCGCCACUGAAGGAAUUCGUGGGUCGCUGCCAAACAAUGCCGUCACGCGUGAAAAAGUCAUUCUGCGGAUGUCUGCAGGAUGACGAACCACCGGAAAUCACUUACUGCGUGGUGGAACACACGGGGACCCUUACGCUGCAGGCGAUGACCCCGACUUUGCCGAUGCCAGCGGAGGAAGAACUGAACAAAAUGUUCCUCGAGCUGGUCGACGAACUCGAUCUCACGCAGGCCAACAGGCAAGCAGUUCUUGCACUGCCAGCUAACAAAAAAUGGCAGAUCUACUGCUCGAGGAAGGGCAACGACACCCUGGACAACGGAGGCCUCAGGACGACUGACUUGAGCGGGGAUCCGGAGGACUACAUCAACAGGGUCCGAAUGAUCGGGAGUACUCCCUUGUCGGAGGACGGCGAAGACCUUACCAACCACAUGCGCCAGGUCGAAGCCCUUAAAACGGCAUUAAGAACCCAGCCACACAGCUUCGUCCUCCGAUUCAUUGAGCUUGACGGCCUAAAUGCUUUGCUCCAAGUCCUUGGAACCAUCGAUGUUGACGCUGCCAACAGUAACCUCCACACCAGCGUCAUUGGGUGCCUGAAAGCUUUGAUGAACAACUCGAAUGGCAGAGCUCACGUACUCGCCCAUCCAACAGCCAUAAACACGAUAUCUCAGUCGCUGGCGACUGAGAACCUCAAAGCGAAGAUAUCGGUGCUGGAGAUCCUCGGUGCAGUUUGUCUAGUGCCCGGUGGUCAUCGCAAGGUCCUUGAGGCGAUGCUCCACUUCCAGCAGUACCAUUCCGAGAGGACGCGGUUCCAGAGUAUAAUCAAUGACUUGGAUAAGAACUUUGGGAUAUACAGGGAUAAUUUGUCACUGAAGACUGCCAUAAUGUCGUUCAUCAACGCUGUGUUGAACUACGGACCGGGUCAAGUGACCCUGGAGUUCCGUCUGCACUUGAGAUAUGAACUGCUGAUGCUGGGGAUCCAGCCCAUUAUUGAAAAACUGCGAAAGUACGAGAACGAGACUCUCGAUAGACACUUGGAUUUCUUCGAGAUGGUGAGGAACGAGGACGAAAAAGAGUUGGCACGAAAGUUCGAGAAGGAACACGUCGACACGAAGAGUGCGACGGCGAUGUUUGAUCUGCUGAGGAGGAAGCUGAGUCACACAGCUGCUUAUCCGCAUCUUUUGAGCUUGCUCGAACACUGCCUUUUGCUGCCCCUGGACUACGGUGCCCAGCCUCAACAUUGGCUCUUGUUCGAUCGGAUCGCCCAGCAGAUAGUGCUCCAGACAGAGUCCAGUGAAUGUGGAACGCCGAGAAACCCAGACGUGGCUCCAAUCGAGAUAAACGUCAAGGAGAUCGUUCACCUGCUCGCCAAAGAGGAAGAGCUCGUCGCGGCUCGAAAGAAGGCCGAAGAGUUGGAACGUGAAAAUUCGGACAUGUCAUCGAGGUUGGCGAAGAAGGAGCAAGAACUGGAUCUUCGAACCCAAGAGAAAGAGGACAUCGAAGCGAGUCUGGCACGAAUCAAAGAGCGCCUGGAGAAAGAAACUUCGAUGCACAUUGAAACGAAACAACGAAUAUCGGAGCUGCAGGACAACAUGGAGACGCUGUCGCGCCAGGUAAAUAACGAGAAAUCGGAGAGGAAACGUCUUGAACAGUUGGUAGCUUCUGGAAGCCUGCCAGACGACGCAAAAGCCAGCAUCAAAAUAGUGGAGGAUGAGGUGCCUGAAAAAGUCGCUGCGAAGCCUACUCCGCCUCCUCCACCUCCCCCACCACUGGCUCCACCCCCGCCACCUUGUUUGAUGCCAGCAGCUCCUCCACCCAUGAAGGUUGAGAUCAUCAAGAACGUUCCCCAACCCAGCAACCCUCUCAAGUCCUUCAACUGGUCGAAAAUCCCUGAGCAGAAGCUCCAGGGCACCAUUUGGUCCGAGUUGGACGACACGAAACUCUACAACGUCAUGGAUCUUGAGUCCAUCGACAAGAUCUUUUGCGCUUAUCAAAAAAACGGUGUUUCGACCGAGGGCUCGAUCGAGGACCUUAGAAAAUUAGGUAAAAACAAGAGCAGCAUGUCGGUCAUUGACUCCAGAAGAGCUCAGAACUGCACCAUCCUCUUGUCCAAGCUGAAGAUGUCUGAUCACGACAUCACCCGGACCAUCUUGUCCAUGGAUCAACAAAAUAUCCUCCACAUCGACAUGGUCGAACAACUACUCAAAUACAUUCCAUCUUCCGAGGAGGCUGCACUGUUAGACAUGAAUCAGAAGGAACUGCAGAGCAGGGCUGACUGCUUCCUUUAUCAGAUAUCCAAGGUACCGCAUUACGAACAACGGUUACGAUCGCUCCACUACAAGAAGAAGUUUGCAGCAAGCAUCUCAGAGUUGACGCCACGCAUGAGGGCCGUUCUCGAGGCUAGUCGUCAGGUAGCCAGAUCACGAAAACUAAGAAAGCUGCUCGAACUCGUUUUAGCGCUUGGCAAUUACGUUAACCGUGGCAACGCCCGAGGCAACGCCGGUGGCUUUCGUCUUGCCUCGUUGAAUCGCUUGGUAGACACCAAGUCCUCGUGCUCUAAGGGUACCACUCUCCUUCAUUAUCUCGUCCAGAUACUCGAGUCACGCUUCCGUGAAGUUCUUGAAAUCGAGGAAGACAUGCCCCACGUUAGGACUGCUGCUCGAGUCAGUAUGGCCGAUCUUCAAAAAGAAGUAGCCAAUUUGAAAAAUGGAUUGCAGGAUGUCCAACGAGAGAUCGAAUUUCAUCGGGGCCAGUCGCAAGUACUUCAAGGUGACAUGUUCAUCCCAGCAAUGAGAGAUUUCCAGGCCCAAGCAACGUGUCGAUUGGCAGAGGCGGAGGAUCUCUUCCAAGACAUGAAAACGAGAUUCGACCGGGCGGUUCGUUUGUUCGGCGAAGACUCCGCAGGAGUGCAGCCGGACGAGUUCUUCGGGAUAUUUGAGAACUUCCUGCAGGCUUUGGCCGAGGCGCGGCAGGACGUUGAGAACAUGAGGAGAAAGGUCGAAGAAGAAGAGCGGAGGGCGAAACAGGAGCAGGAAUUGAAAAAACGAACGAUGGAGAGGAAGAACUCCCGAGAGGGCAUCCUGAACAGUAUUACCCUGAACAAGAAGAACGAAGCGAAUAGCAACGGCCAAAGCGACAACAAGGGCGAGUUCGACGAUUUAAUAUCGGCCCUGAGAACCGGCGAUGUUUUCGGUGAAGACAUUGCCAAGUUCAAAAGGUCAAAGCGUCGCCCGGUGACCCCUAGCGGUCAAGAGACCCGUCGACACAGUGCUCACAGAGAGGACUCUCGCGAGAGACAUUAGAGGGCAUGCCAAUCACUCUCAAGGUCAUCUUGUCCUACUAAACUUCAUUUCCAUCGUUUUAUGUUGUUGCUCUUGUUCGAUAAUUCGUUUUCCAAGACAAGAAACUGUCGUCGAGUGCCAAGUCUACGUAUUAUAGACCCUUGUUGCUUUUCUCUUUCUCCCUUUCGGUGCUCAAGGACUCUUUAGAGAGAAAGAGAGAAAAAACGUGCUGGUUGGAUGGACCGAAAUUUAACGAGAUUCGCAUUUGUCUCUUUUCAUCAUUUCUUCAUCAGGCUCACGUCAGAGCCUUUCUCUUCGUCCUUCCAAUUUUUUUUAUUUCACCCCCAGGAAGCUUAGUUCUUACUGUCAAGCUCUCGAAAGCUUUUUCGGGCUUUCUCUCAAUCACUUGAUUUAUGAAUGGAGGGGGUGAGAAUGGAAAAAAAUUGAUGGACCAAACCACACCCUCAAACACAUUUCGUCCUCGUCUCACGCGUUUACCCGAAAUCCAUAACACCAUUUCGUCCAUUUUUCUCUUCUCAAACUUCACUGUUGCUUGAAUGAGUAAGCACGGUAUCGAAACCAUGAAACACAUUGGGAACACGGGAGCGUAAUUCAAAAAUUUACGGUGGGAUUGCAGUUCGAAUUUACAGUACUAUUAAUCACAGGGUUUGUCGAUCAUUUCGUAAGAAUAAUUCUGUACUUUUGUGUUGGAAAUUGAAGAGAAAUUUUACCUCGAGGAGGACGAGGAUCGAGGUCUCUAUGGAGAAAAACCUUCGAAAAGCGUUUCGAGAAAUUUGGACCAAUCAACUUUGAGAAAUUAAUUCAGUCUCGAUGAUUCUAGCGAGAGAAAUCGAUCGCUCGAGUCUCUUCCAGCCUCGUCGAACUGCGAACCCCCAAGAGGAAGGAGAGAGAAUGAAAUUGUCAAUUUUAAGUUGUACAUACAGUCAUAGUUUUCAUAGUUAUUCGCAUUCGUUUAUCGCUGAACAUUGAACUCCUCACAAAAGUCAUAUUACUUAUUAAGAAUCGUCAGUACGCCUGUUCUUAGCAGGAGAAUGUAAAGAGUAUCGUUGAUAGCGAUCGGACCAAAAGUCGUUUGCUAUACUUUCAAUCAAAAGAUAAAGAAAUUAAUUGACUCGUUAAUUGUAGUGUUAGAAUUAUAGAGAGAGAGAGAGAGAAACGGAGAAUCGAUACAAUUGAUGAAAUAAACAAGGCCUAUGAGCAGCUCUUAAGUUGAUGAUAAAAUGAAAGCUGAGAAACCCAACCACGAGCUGUCUCACUGUUUACGAGAAGUCUGAUUUUACAUUGUUUUUUUCAAAACACACAAACACACACACACACACACACACACUCAAAAUGAACAAAAAACAUUGAGUAUUGUAAGCGUUAGAGAAAAGGAUUUGCAAAAAUAUUCGUACACCCUGCAUAGUCACGAUUAAUCUGUCACUCGUUCCCUACAUCAUAAGAAAAAUGAAGAAAAAUAUUCGGAUACAGGAAUAUAAAAUGAGGAUGAACGUGGAAAAAGUGUCGAACGAAAAUUAGAAGAAAAAUUAUACGAUCGGUGUGUAGGUGUCGAUGUUUUGUAAUCUUUUUGUAUUUUUGUAAAUAUCCCAUGUCGGUGUCACCCUCCCAUUUUAACAUCCCUCAUCCGUAGACGAAACGAAGAACGGAGAGAAUGAGAAAGAUCGAGAGAGGAAGGAGAAGAAAUCAUUAAGGUGGAAUCAAUGUCCAAUUUAAUAUAUUGCUAUAUCAUUUGAAAUAUUUCAUGUAAUAAUAUAUGAUAUCAAAAGAAUAUACUGAUUGAAAAAUA